GUUUGCGUUCAGCCCCUCCUGCAGCUGAGCAGCGUGUAUUCCUCCGGGCUGACGGAGACCACUGGCCCUGACCUACCCUGGUGCAGAGCGAGCGGAGCGGGCACUGCGCACCACCUCCGCCUCGCAGCGGCCCGGACAAGGACCGGGGAUGGCGUCGCUUGGCGUGGGGCUGCAUGUCAUCCGCAGGCGUGGAGCAGGCAGGAGCGCCGUGGUGGAGAGGAGGAACCUGCUCACGGUGUGCAGGUUUUCAGUGAAGACUCUGCUGGACCGCUCCUGUUUUGACACGAUAGACGACGCAUCUCCAGAGUUUGUUAAUUUCGUUUCCAUCCUGGAGCACAUCCUCAGUCAUCGACUCAAAGGUAAAAAACGUCAGACAACUUGGUUUGGCUAUGAGAGUCCUCGGAGUUUCUGGGAUUACCUAAAAGCCGCUUGCAGCAAAGUCCCUCAUAAUUGCAUCCGAAGCAUCGAGAGCAUGGAGAAUGUGCGAUCAUCGAGAGCUAAAGGCCGGGCAUGGAUCAGAGUGGUCCUGAUGGAGAAAAGAUUAUCAGAAUACAUCUCAUCUGCACUGAAGGACUUAAAAACCACAAGGAGGUUUUACGAGGAUGGAGCGAUCAUGCUGGGAGAGGAGGCGGGGCUGUUAGCAGACACACUCAUUGGACUCAACACCAUCGACUUCAGCUUCUGUCUGAAAGGAGAGAGUCUGGAUGGCAGCUGCCCCGCUGUGAUCGACUACACGCCUUACUUGAAGUUCACUCAGAAUGCAGACAGCAUCAGCAGCGACGAGGAGGAGAUGAGGACUCUGGGGAGCAGUGGCAGUGAGAGCAGCACCCCCGACAAGAUGGCCACCGCUGCCUCCAUCUUCACAGAGCAGAGCAACUUGGUCAGCAAGUGCAAACGCUUUGAGCAGAAGUACCGAAUGACGUUGGAGCAGAAGGGUUACCUGGAAGAGCUGGUCUGUCUACGAGAAGCCCAGCUGUCACAGGCUGUGUCUCAUAACAAAGCUCUUCAGCAGAGCCUAGAAGACGCACACCUCUCCCACGCACUGGAGAAAGAACAGCUUGAGUACAUCGUACUGGAACUACAGGACCAACUGACGGUGCUGAAGAACAAUGAUUUGCAGUCCAGGCAAGAGUUGACCGCCCAUCUGACCAAUCAGUGGCCAUCUCCUGUUGCCUUGGAUACCAACGCAGUUGCCUUGGACACGCUGCUGUACAGGAAGAGAAGGGGCCAGUGGGAGGAGAAAAGCUUCCAGAGUCUGGAGCAGCUGUCUGCAGACAUGAGUCUCUCCCAGACGUCUCUUGAACCGUCACACACACUGAGUCUGGAGGCCAGGCCGACUGGCACACACUGGCAUCACCAAGGUAAAGAGGAAACUCCAUCUCUAAGAGGUCUGUGUGGCUCCCUGACCUCAGUCGCCAGCUACAAAUCUUUGGCCAGUCUGAAGUCCAGCGAGUGUUUGGCCAGUCCUGCAACAGAGAUCAGCAGUCCAGGCUUCACCCCCUCGUAAUGAACGCAGAGCUAAAUAAACAGAUCUUCACCAGGGCCGGACAAUCCAGGAACUUUUCUAAAUGUAGGGGGUAUUGAUUUGUAGACAUUUAUUUUCAGAAUGUUGAGCCUAGAGCUUUAACAGAUGGAAGUCAGGUUUGCAAGUUGAGAAUCUGGUGUAGCAUGUUCUUUAAAUUGUGUUAAAACUGAAAAGCAGCUCCAUCAGGCUGAAUAAUGUCUGAUUAAUGUACCGUUCAGCUGAAACAACCUCUGACUCUUUAUAGAGGAUCUCCUGCUGUUACUUCAUCAAUGUGUUUAAAUUAUUUUGAUGUGUUGGUUGUUUGUUUGUCUGUGGAGAAUCGUUUUUUUCCAUUUUAGGAAAUUAAUUUAAAUAAUAGUCAGCUGAACUAAAGACUGAAAGGUUUCCCAGGAGAGCUUAGCAUGCUCACAACACUGACUGUAGAUCAGAUCAGAGUUCUGAGGAAACACACAAUACUGAUGGCCUCCGUCAGUCUCUUGUCACCAUGAAUUAUUUCUUGCAGUUGAAAGUGUCUUUUAUUAUUUUCUGUGCCGUUACUGCUGCCACUGCCUUUAUAUAAUUGUUUUUUAAUCUUUAAUGUAUGAUGAAUGUAACUCUACUUUUGUCAUAUGUCAUCAAAUGAUUUACAUAAUGCUGUCACAUUUUGUUUACGGUGUAAAUGUUUUCUCAGUUUCUUAUGUCGUGCAUAAUACAGUGCAACAUGUUUUGUUCUCAGGUGUUAAUCCCCACGAUUAAUAUUCACUAUUUACCUCUAGAUUUACUUCAAUGUUCCACUUUAUCAGACAGACUCCUGUUAUUAUUCCCGUUAAUUACUCAAAUGCAGUAUUUUAAUGGCUAGUUACCACAAACAGAUCCUUCCUAAAACUCUGAAUAAUGAUCUGUUACGACCCAGUAAAGAAUAUCUUGCAACAGAUAUUUUGAGAAUGAGAAACAAGUGGCUUUGCCUAAUAUCAGUAAAACGUUUUAUUAUUGGUUACUAGCCGUGUACCUCAACACUGAAUCAUGACUUUCGUUUGAGUUCAUUCCAGCAGUCAUUUCCACAGAUAUGCAGAUGUUUUAUUGGAUUUGUUUGCUUUUUAUCCCACAUUUUGAAUAAACUACGCUUACCCAAACAGUUU